AUGUGGCGCCAGAAAGAAAGGUCACGCACACCGCAGGAAUGCAGCGCCGAUGGAGCUAGACGACAGAUUCUCCAUCUAUCCGGACCAAGACACAAUGGCUCUAAUGGCCCGAGCAACAUGAGUCUGCGGUUUCGUACACAGGCAAGCGAGACGUCGUUGCAACAAGCGGAGCUUCCAAGUCAGUAA